UGUGGACCUGCGUCGUUUCCUGAAUCAGCAGAGCCUUGUCCCCAUAUUUGGAAGUGAAACUCUUGUUUCCUGUUUGUAACGCCACCUCAGACCAGAGAGCAGCUGAGCAGGAUCAGCAGAGUCUCUGGGCCUCCUGUCCUCCUGCUGAAGUGUCUGUGAGCCACACGCCGAACCUGUGCCAGGAAGAGAGAAACCCGAGAGCCAUUCAGCCAGCAUGGAGGGGAGGCGUGGUCUUCUCCUCAGCCUCAUCAUGGCAGCGUGUUUCUAUGGCAACACUGCUCAGAAGACAGUCUGCACACAAGAGGCUGUAGCUGACAUCGUCUUCAUGGUCGACGGCUCGUGGAGCAUCGGCACCUCGAACUUCGAGCAGAUCCGUCAGUUUCUUUACACGCUGGUCAACAGCUUCGACGUCGGGCCUGACCACGUCCGCAUCGGCCUGGUCCAGUACAGCACCAAUCCACGCACCGAGUUCCUGCUCAACACCUAUCAGAACAAAGUGGACAUACUCCAGUACAUCAGCAAAUUGCCUUACUUGGGGGGCGGCACCCAUACAGGGCAGGGUUUGGACUUCAUGCUGAAAGAGCACUUUGUGGCAGCAGCUGGAAGCCGGGCUGACCAGAACGUGCCGCAGAUCGCUGUGGUUAUCACCGACGGCAAAUCUCAAGACAACGUGGAGUCCCAUGCCCAGGAUCUGAAGAGAAAGGGAAUUAUUUUGUAUGCAAUUGGUAUCAAAGAUGCAGAUGAAGACCAGCUGAAGGAGAUAGCAAAUGAGCCGUACAGCCAGCACGUCUACAGCGUGUCAGAUUUCACGGCUCUGCAGGGAAUUUCUCAGAGCAUCGUCCAGACGCUGUGCACAACUGUAGAGGAAGCCAAACGACAACUCCUGCAAUUGUCUCAAGAAUGUGCCAAAGCCACUGUGGCCGACAUCGUCUUCCUUGUCGACGGCUCCUCCAGCAUCGGCAUCUCUAACUUUCAGGAGGCCCAGCGGUUUCUCCAAAGUGUCGUCACAGGCCUCGACAUCGGCCCUGACAAAGUUCGAGUUGGCUUGGCUCAGUACAGCGAUGAACCUUACCAGGAGUUCCUGCUGAAGGAUCACAUGGACAAGCAGUCCCUUCUGGCUGAGAUAAGCUCAUUUCCCUACCGAACAGGAGGCACUGAGACGGGCAAGGCCAUCGACUUCCUCAUAGACAAUUACUUCACAGAGGAGGCCGGGAGUCGAGCCAGCCAACGAGUGCCUCAGAUUGCUGUGAUCAUCACGGAUGGCGACUCUGCAGAUGAUGUGAACGCGCCUGCCCAGCGCCUGAGGCAGAAGGGAGUCAUUGUUUUUGCCAUUGCGGUGGGACAAGUCAACCUGCAGGAGCUAAAGGCCAUCGCCAGCCGGCCUUCAGAUCGCUUCCUCCUCACCACUGACAGCUACCAGGCCCUGGAGAGGCUGACGGAGGGUCUGCUGCAAACUGUUUGCAUCUCCAUGGAGGAUCAGAGGCAAGCGUUGACCGAAAGGUUUGCAGACAUUUUCUUCCUGGUGGACGGUGGCAUGGGUUCAGCAGAGUUCCAGCAGGUCAGGAGCAUCCUCGUCCGGCUCGUCAAUCAACUUAACUUUGGAGAAUCUGCCAAUCGUCUUGGCUUGGCUUAUUAUGGCCAAGAUACCAAGGUGGAAUUUCUUCUUAACGCUUUCCAAACCAAAGAGGAGACCCUACUUAACGUCAGGCGGCUCCGCCAGCGCCGGCUGCAGCCCAACGAGCAGCGUAACCUGGGCAGUGCAUUGCAGUACGCCAGCACUCACUUUUUCACCAGUGAGGCAGGAAGCCGGGCAAACCAAGGCUACCAACAGUACCUGGUUGUUCUAAGUGCAAAAGACUCAGAUGAUGACGUGUAUAAAGAGUCACGUCUGAUCAAAUCAGAGGGAAUAACUGUGGUGGGGAUUAGCUUCGGUGCAUCGAUGAGCGAAAUGCGUCUCAUAGCCACAGCGCCAUACGUAUACCAGUCUACCAGCAACAUUGUGCCUACACUGAAGACUAUUUUUGAAACAGCGGAAAAGGAAACCGGUCUUAGUGGAGAUUGCAAAGCAGCCAAACUGGCAGACAUCGUGUUCAUUGUUGAUGAGUCGGGAAGCAUUGGAGCCCAGAACUUUGAUCUGAUUCGCGCUUUCCUGCAGUCGAUUGUGAGCGGCUUGGAAGUCGGUCAGAGUAGAGUCAGAGUUGGCAUUGUGUUGUACAGCGACAUUCCCAAAGCACUGGUCUACCUUGACAACUUCAAUGACAAGAAAGAGAUGCUGAAUUUCAUCAAAAUCCUGCCUUACCGUGGAGGUGGUACAAACACUGGAGCUGCCAUAAAUUUCACCCGCGAGAGUGUUUUCAUCAAGGAGAGAGGCUGCAGGAAAGAUAAGGGCGUCCAGCAGGUGGCGGUGGUGAUCACAGAUGGUGAAUCCCAGGACGACGUGAGCAAAGCAGCAGCCGAUCUCCGUCGAGCUGGUGUCACUGUUUACUCUGUAGGAAUCAAAGAUGCCAAUCAGGUCCAGCUGGCAGCGAUGGCGUCUCAUCCCCCAAACAAACACAUGUUUAUUGUGGACACUUUUGACAAGCUGAAAACUCUGGAGCAGAGCCUGCAGAAAACUCUUUGCCAUAACAUCUUUCGCCAAGCCAUCUCCGUCAACACAAGAAGAACUGGAAUCAAAGAAGGCUGCGUACAGAAAGAUGAGGCAGAUAUCUUCUUCCUCAUUGAUCACUCAGGAAGUAUUUACCCCUCAGACUUCCAAGACAUGAAGAAGUUCAUCAUUGAGUUUCUAAACACCUUCCGUAUUGGGCCAGAGUAUGUCCGCAUUGGGGUUGCAAAAUACGCAGAUUCGCCAAACUUAGAAUUUGAUCUGACAACCUAUUCAGAUACCAAGUCACUGGAGAAAGCUGUGGAAGAAAUCAAACAAAUAGGAGGCGGGACAGAGACAGGAAGAGCACUGGCAUUCAUGGGCCCAUACUUUGAGAAAGCGAUGGCCAGUCGUGGGCACAAAGUCCCAGAGUACCUGGUGGUCAUCACUGAUGGAAAAUCCUCUGAUGAGGUCAAGGAUCCUGCAGAGAAACUGAGGGCUCAGGGUGUCAUCGUCUACGCCAUCGGAGUGAAAAAUGCAGAUGAAGAUGAGCUGCGAGAGAUUUCCGGCGACCCCAAGAGAACUUUCUUUGUCAAUAAUUUUGAUGCCCUAAAACCCAUCAAGGAUGACAUCAUCACAGACAUCUGUUCUACAGAUGCUUGCAAAGACAUACCGGGAGACCUCCUCUUUUUGAUUGACAGCUCUGGGAGCAUAUAUCCCCAAGACUAUGAGAAAAUGAAAGAAUUCAUGAAAGCUGUCAUUAGCAAGUCCCUCAUUGGGCAGAAUGAGGUGCAUGUUGGUGUCAUGCAGUUCAGCACUGAACAACAACUAGCGUUCCCACUCAAUCGCUACUACAGCAAAGAGGAAAUGUCCAGAGCCAUCGAUGAUAUGCAGCAGCUAGGUGGGGGCACGCACACGGGUGAAGCCAUCACCGAUGUGUCUCAGUAUUUUGAUACAAACAGAGGAGGGCGUCCUGGCCUGAGGCAGAGGCUGGUAGUGAUAACUGAUGGUGAGGCCCAAGACGAGGUCAAAGGCCCCGCUGUGGCUCUGAGAGCCAAAGGAGUGGUGAUCUAUGCCAUUGGAGUUGUGGAUGCCAACACCACCCAGCUGCUGGAAAUCAGCGGGUCCCCAGACAGGAUGUAUGCCGAGAGGGACUUUGACGCCUUGAAGGACUUGGAGAGCCAGGUGGCCUUGGAGCUCUGUGACCCCGAGAGAGAUUGUAAGAAGACAGAAAAAGCUGACAUCAUUUUCUUGGUGGACGGCUCCACGAGCAUAACCCUGCCCAAGUUUAGAAGCAUGCAGAAGUUUAUGGAGUCAAUGGUGAACCAAACCACAGUUGGAUCAGACCUGACUCGCUUCGGGGUCAUUCUCUACUCCACCAACCCCAGAUCUAUAUUUACUCUGAAACAGUAUAAGUCCAAACGAGAUGUUAUUCAAGCCAUAGCAGCCCUGAAGUCCCCGUAUGGAGACACCUACACUGGCAGGGCCCUGCAGUACUCGUUAUCGUUCUUUGAUGCGGAAAAUGGUGGCCGGGCAGCUCUCCAGGUGCCUCAGAUUCUUAUGGUGAUCACAGACGGCGAUGCUACCGACCGUAACAGUCUGGUUGCACCAUCCACGGCCCUGCGAAACAAAGGGAUCAGCGUCUUCAGUAUCGGAGUGGAAGGAGCGAACCGGACACAGUUAGAAAUCAUGGCUGGUGGUGACACAUCCAGAGUUUUCUAUGUGGACAAUUUUGAUGCCCUGGAAACUCUGUACAAGAAUAUAACUGAAGUCCUCUGCAAUUCCACCAAGCCAGUUUGUGAGAAACAGAAGGCUGACCUGGUCUUCCUAGUCGAUCAGUCUGGCAGCAUCGACACAGGCGAUUACGCCAUCAUGAAGAACUUCACAGUAGAUCUAGUGAACAGUUUUAAAGUCAGCAAAGAUUUAGUGCGUGUUGGCCUCGCCCAGUUCUGCAGCAGCUUUCAGGACGAGUUUUACCUCAACAAGUUCUACACCGAGCAAGAAGUGACCAAGCACAUCAUGGAUAUGCAACAGACCGGGGGAGGAACCAACAUUGGACUAGCCCUGGAAUCCAUCAAGGCUUAUUUUGAGGCAUCACAUGGCAGCCGUAGAUCUGCCGGGAUCUCCCAGAAUCUGGUAUUGAUCACAGAUGGUGAAUCGCAGGAUGACGUGGAAAACGCAGCGGACGACCUCAGGGCUCUGGGGAUAGAGGUGUUUGCCAUUGGCAUUGGAGACGUCCACGACCUGGAGCUCCUGCAGAUCACUGGCACCCCAGAGAGGCUUUUCACUGUGCAGAACUUCGGCAGCUUGGAGUUGAUCAAGCAAAAGGUGGUCGACACCAUCUGCAAAUCCAAACCCCCCAAAGACCCCACUAGCUGCAGCAUUGAUAUCGCCAUGGGAUUUGAUAUUUCUGGAAGAACGGGAGCUCCUGGUGGGACGCUGGUCAGUGGCCACACCAGGCUCCAGACCUUCCUGCCAGAAAUCGCCCAUUACAUUUCCUCAGUGCAAGGCCUGUGCUGCGUCGGCCCCACACCUAUCCAGACCAACAUCGCCUACCGGGUGGUGAGUCGUGAUGGCCGCACCCUGUAUGACUUCAGCUUUGAAGGCUACAGUGAGGAUGUGGUGAGGAAAGUCAUGACCUCGAAUUUGGCGGAGCCGACUUACUUCAACACCGCCCUGCUGAGAUCCUUCGGUCAGAAGCUCGGCGAGUCCAACGCAGGGGUGAAGGUGCUGGUGAUCUUCUCAGACGGACUCGAUGAAAACGUGAUGAAACUGGAGCAAGAAUCAGAGCUGCUGCGAAAGUCUGGCGUCAGCGCGUUGCUGGUUGUGGCCCUGGACGGAGCGCGAGAUCCUGCCCAGCUGCAGAUGGUGGAGUUUGGUCGAGGGUUCGGCUACAAACUUCCUCUGAGCAUCGGCAUGCAGAGUGUCGGCAGCGCCAUCCUCAAACAGAUUGACAUGGUGUCAGACAGGGAGUGCUGCAAUGUCAUGUGCAAAUGUUCGGGACACGAAGGCAUCCGUGGAUCUCGGGGCCCCCCGGGGUCAAAGGGCCUGUCUGGACAGAAGGGUUACCCCGGAUUCCCCGGAGAGGAGGGCGUUGCUGGUGAGCGGGGCGGUCCCGGACCCAGUGGACCUCGGGGUGUCGACGGAUGUCCUGGUCUCAGAGGAUCAAAGGGCAACAGAGGCCUGCGGGGAAACAGGGGUGAAGACGGAGAGGACGGACUGGACGGAGUCAACGGAGAACAGGGAGAAACAGGAAACGACGGCUCUCGAGGAGAGAAAGGGCACCCAGGAAACCCGGGUAUCCCAGGUAUCAGAGGGGAGGCGGGACUGAAAGGACAGCAAGGACUGAGAGGAGAUCCGGGCGAACCAGGUGCUGACAACACGGCCCCAGGACCCAAAGGAGACCCCGGCAACCCAGGUUUACCUGGCAUACCUGGGCAGGACGGGCGGCCAGGUGAGCGCGGAGUCAUCGGAAACCCGGGUCCAGAUGGAAGGAGAGGGCCGCUCGGUGGGAAGGGUAUCACUGGAGAAGCGGGAGAUCCAGGACUCCCGGGUACCGCAGGUGCUUCUGGUCCACAGGGUCCCAGAGGGGUCAGAGGUCAACCUGGGCCAAGAGGAAUCCCUGGGCUUCCUGGACCUCAGGGUGAACCAGGAAGAGUUGGAGACCCUGGAUUGGCCGGACGCCGUGGAGCAAACGGGCAGAAGGGUCAACCAGGAGAUCCAGGUGAUGCAGGUGUUCCAGGACCACCAGGACCCAGAGGAAUAUCGGGUCAGGAUGGAAGGGACGGUUAUGGACCUGUAGGACCUAAAGGUGUCAAGGGAGAUCCUGGUUUCCCUGGUUAUCCUGGUCUCCUGGGUGAGGACGGUCUGCAGGGACCCAAAGGAUUUCCAGGACGUAAAGGGAACCUCGGCCGACGGGGGAACUCAGGCAGGUCUGGAGAAUCAGGAGUAUCCGGAGAACCAGGACAUCCAGGACACAGAGGUCCCAGAGGGCCUGCUGGAGAGAAAGGCAUGACCGAGUGUCAGCUGGUCACCUACAUCAGAGACAACUGUGCUUGUUCCAUUGAUCGAUCAGCGUGCCCGGCCUACCCCACCGAGCUGGUGUUUGGUCUGGACAUGUCCGAGGACGUAACCCCGGCCGCCUUCGAGAGGCAGCGCACCGCCCUCCUGUCUCUGCUGGAGGACAUCACCAUUGCAGAGAGCAACUGUCCCACAGGAGCCCGCGUCGCUGUGGUGGGAUUCAGCGCCUACACCAAGUACCUGAUCCGCUUCCAGGACUACCGCCGCAAGAAACAGCUGAUCGAAUUGGUGAAGAACAUCGCCCUGGAGAGGACAUCCAACCGUCGCCAACUAGCAGCCGCCAUGCGCUUUGUGGGUCAGAACGUCCUCAAACGUGUCCGAGCAGGGGUGAUGAUGAGGAAGGUGGCGGUCUUCCUUUCUAACGGACCUUCACAAGACGUUAACGACAUCGUUACCGCCAUAAUGGAGUACCGGGCCCUCAAUAUCGUCCCAGCGGUCAUCUCUCUGAGGAAUGCUCCGGCUGUUGGCCGAGCCAUGGAGGUCGAUGACUCAGGAAACUCCAUCUUCACAGUGCUGGGCAGGGACAUGAACGCUGACCUGAGGAAGGUCAAAAACUGUGCCAUCUGCUACGACCCGUGCAAGCGUGCUGAAGAGUGCGCCUUCAUCCAGGAGCCAGGGCAGCCUCAGGACGUCAAUGUGGACCUGGUCAUGGUGGUGGACAGCUCCAGGGAGAUGCAGGCUGAUGAGUACGCUGGCGCCCAGCAGCUGCUGGGUUCUGUGGUGGAACAGCUGGCUGUGAGCUCGCAGCCCCGCCGAGCCGACAGCCAGGCCCGGGUGGCUGUGGUCCAGCAGAGCGGCACCCGGGCUCCCAAGGUGGAGUUCAGCCUGCAGACCUUUCAGAACCGCGACCUGAUGAAGACGCACUUGAUCCAGAACAUGCAGCAGCAGGGCGGCUCCUCGGCUCUGGGACAGACGCUGGAGUUCACCCUGAGGGAGGUGCUCCUGAAGGCCGGCCAGCCCCGCAGGAGGAGGGCACUGCUGGCCGUGGUGGGCACCCAGACGGCUUACCAGGACCGGGUCAAACUCACGUACAUCUCCCAGAAGGCCAAGUGUGAGGGGGUGGCCAUGUUUGUGGUGACAGUGGGUGAUCGGUACAGUCAGACGCAGGUGGAGGAGCUGGCCGGUCUGCCCGUACAGCAGCACCUGAUCCAUGUCAGCAGACUACAGGCCGAAGAGCAGGGCUACGCCCAGCGCUUCUUCAGAGUCUUCCUCUCUGCCCUCAACAAGGGAGUGAACACGUAUCCUCCUCCGUCAUUAAAACAGACCUGUGAUCAGCUGGCUGCUCAAGAGGGAGGACAGAUCUUCAUAAACGGUCAGGGGCAGGCGGAGCUGGAGGGGGAGACCGCCGAGGAGGUGGAGGAGACGUUUCAGGAGCAGACGGGAGGACGGACCCAGACCGGCCAGCUGGACUUCAUCAAGUCUCUGUCCAGAGGAGACAGCCAGAUAUUUGUCUCAGGACCUGAUCUCAACGCCCGGUGUCAGCUGGACGCUGAUUCUGGUGUCCAUUGUGAGGAAUAUGUCCAAGUAUGGUACUAUGACAAACACAUCGGUGCAUGCUCUCCCUUCUGGUAUGGCGGUUGCGGCGGUAACACCAACCGCUUUAACACGGAAAAUGAAUGUUUCCGGACAUGUGGCCUCAAUCACCCGGACAUCCUGCCCAGGCCGCAGCUGACCAGCUUCGUCUCCAAAGACGCCUGCUUCCUCAGCCAGGACCCCGGCAGCUGCCAGAAGUACGUCAUGGUGUGGUUCUUCGACACGGAACAGAACGAGUGCUCCCGCUUCUGGUACGGUGGCUGCGGCGGCAACGAAAACCGCUUCAACACGCAGGAGGAGUGCGAGAACCUCUGUCUGACGAAGAGUCGAUGAGGAGAACGUGGACGGACCGGCUGGAGGAAAAACACCCAACACAUAUCAGGAGAGCUUCCGGAAACACACAUGUUCAGGGAAAAAUACCGAGGCGCGUUUCUCACAGCCGAGCCUGCCCGGGGACUGUUUAACUAACUGCUAACCAGUGAUAACCAGUGAUAACCAGUGCUAACUAGUUUCUACCAAAACUCCUUCAGGGAAAGUUCAAACUGCCCCUCAGCUCCGCAGGUGGUUAAAGGCUUUUUGUGAUUUGCCUUCGGUGUUUUUCCUUGAACCUGCAUGUUUUAUUUUCCAGACGCUUCUCACAUCACUUUGCUUUUCCUCAGAUCAGCUGCAGCUGAAGGCUGACGACACUCAAAGUGAAGGACUGAAGGAACCAGGUCACAAACAGUGAACGCUAAAAUGAGUCUGUGUAUCCACAACACCUUACUUUCCAUAACUGAUCAUAGAUGAUUGAUUUUCCAUUUAACUGCUGAAAGAUAAACGACCGAACGAGUGAAGGCGUUGAA